AUUUCAUUAAGGAUAAUGAUGCAAGAGAUACAUUAGAAUUUGAGUGAACAAAAGCUACUGCACCUAAGGUUUGCUAACAGCAUGGGUCAAGGCAAGCCCCCAAAAAAGAUAAAAAAGGCUUACAAUGACAAAGAAGUUUACUCAGCACAAGAGAGCGUGAGUAAAGCUUAACUAAACUAAUUCCCUAGCACCUAUUCGAUUACCAGUAGACCAACGCUUGAACUUGGUUCCGGAACCUGAAACAAGAGCAUUAAUCAAGGAGCAAAUCGACCGGAGAAUAAUCUUAGGGGCCGAAGAUUAUCCCGAAGGCGAAACCGAAAGGACUAUAGGCGAAGCGGGGUUGACUAGGUCCCGGUCCGGCCACAUUCCGGUGGUAUCCACUCCAGACGCCGAAGUAGCUCCAGAGACAAAAAAGACGAGGCCUUGGAGACCCUACACCAAACGAACCGAACCGAACAGGAAGACGCUGGAGCAUUACUGUCUGAAGCAAGCGGAGGUUAAGGCUCUCGACUCCGGUCCCUUCACAGAAACAGCUAGCUCAGAAAGAUUACGGCAUCAGAACGAGGAGGAGGCAAGGCCCAGAAUCUGUCUAUCUCCUUCCAGAAUCGUGAAGAACAGAGGAGCUAUAGCUCCAAUCACCAGGCGACUACGAAGCCACCAUGUUAAGAGCUAAGAGAACCAGACCAAAAGGAGUCCCCGGCGAAAGCCUCACAACGCCUUUUCAUCUCAGAUCCGAAAAUCCAGAUGGGGAAGUCCUAGCGUAGCAACCGAACCGAAGAGAGGAGGGGAGGUAGAGACACCACAAGGCCAGAUGCGAAACGGCAGCGACGCGCUUCAAAUCCGGCGAUAUCAUCGGGUUGAACCUGACCCAGAUUCAACCACAACCAAAACCCAGAUCUACAACAAAAACGGAGCUUCCUGAAGACAGACAACCAACCGCUGACUCGCCAACCCUCCGGGGAAGCCAAAAACACUUUCGGCGACUGAUUAGAUCCGCCGGAUCCGGCCGCAAUCCGACGAAAAUCUAGAGGGCUGAGCAAGGAGACGACGGUAGGAGAACCGAGAGACAGGAUUGGAGGCAGAGUGGCGAAACAGGAGGGGUGGCGACCGACGGACAAGGGCUCCGCCGGCCACCGAAGCUUAAAAAAUUAGGGUUUAGUCGAGUGAAGAGGGGAAAUAGGGGAGAGAGAAUUGAGAGAAAAAACCUCUCUCCUCUCUCUAAACUCGUGAAAAAAAGAAACAAGCUCUAUCUCUCUGCUUAGUUAUUAUAGUGUUUCAGGUUUUUAAGAUCGAGCCGAGUCACGAUGGAGACGAUAGAGAAGAUGAUAGAGGACUUCAAAAAAGUGCUGGACGACUCAACCCACACAUCACCGGAGACUCUGAAACACGAGAUGAUCCAGUGGUUGGAUGAGACGCUGUCGCCGAGACUGAAACAAGUCCUCGAGGAGAGAGAGACUCAAUCAUCAUCGGAGCAAACUGUGACUCCGUUUGUUGUCUCCGGUAAAAUCGAUUACGAGAAGGUGAUCCUCAAGUUUGGCUGCACGAAGAUAGACGAGUCGCUCAUUGAUCGUGUUGAGAGGCUCACUUCCCGUCGAGCUCACGUUUUCCUCCGCCGUGGCUUCUUCUACGCCCACAGGGAUCUCGAUAAGAUUUUGGACUGUCAUGAGAGAGGAGACAAGUUCUACCUCUACACUGGGAGAGGACCUUCAUCAGAAUCUUUGCAUCUAGGGCAUUUGAUUCCUUUCUUGUUCACCAAAUACUUGCAGGAAGCUUUCAAGGUUCCUCUCGUUAUACAGAUUACGGAUGAUGAAAAGAAAAUAUGGAAGAAGUUAAACAAGGAGAAAAGUAAAAGACUUGGCAGAGAAAAUGUGAAAGAUAUCAUCGCUUGCGGUUUCGAUGUCUCAAAUACCUUUAUUUUCUCCAGCUAUGCCACUGUUGGCGGUAAAUUCUAUGAAAAUGUGGUGGAGAUUGCAGAUUGCGUUACAGUUAACAAGGCUAAUUCGACUUUCGGCUUUACCGGCGAAGCUUCUACUGCAAAAAUGAUCUUCCCUUCUGUGCAGGCAGCUCCAUCUUUUUCUAGCUCAUUCCCACACAAGUUGUUCCCUGACGAGAAGAAAAAUAUCCCUUGCUUGAUUCCCUGUGCAAUUGACCAGGAUCCGUACUUCAGGCUGACUCGUGAUGUUGCACCUCGGUUAGACUUUAUAAAGCCUGCUCUGAUUGAGUCAAAGUUUUUCCCUGCGCUGCGGGGAAAUAAUGGGAAAAUGUCAGCAAGUGAUGCAAAUUCCGCUAUUUAUAUUAAUGAUAGCGCUAAGGACAUUAAAAGAAAGAUAAACAGUGCUGUUACUGGUGGGCGAGAUAACUUGGAAGAUCAAAAAAAAUAUGGAGCAAAUCUGGAGGAAGACAUACCGUUUCAGUAUUUGAGUUUCUUCCUGGAAGAUGAUGCUGAACUUGAACACAUAAAGAAGGAGUAUGGAGAAGGAAGAAUGACAACGGGUGAUGUAAAGAAGAGACUCGUUCAGGUUGUGACAGAAAUUGUGGAGAGACACCGCAUGGCUCGAGCUGCUGUUACUGAUGAGAUGGUGGAUGCGUUCAUGACUCCGAGACCUCUGUUUGGGUAAACUCUAAACCGGAAAAAGCUCUACAACUUCGAGUGAAGUUUACAGUUGAUAUUUUAUGCAUAUAGCUUAAUCGGUUUCCUGGUUCAGUUGUUAGCUCUGAAGAGUUCACUGGUUUAAAUGGUUAUCUAUUUAUUUUGCUUUUAUUUUAGGAAACAUUAAUUAAAAGGCCCAUAUUUGUUCUUUUGCUUCCAACCCAAUACUUUCUGGGCCGGGUCUGUUUAUAAUUAUACUAUGUAGAGACUUCACCUAUUAUGGUGCUCCAAAACCCUAAUCUAUCCAAUUUGGUUAAUAACCA